UCCUUCAGAUGUUGGAGAUAAUACUCAAGUGUUUUUUCUUGGCUGCUAAUAAUGAAGCUCUUUGUUGAAUGUAAUUUUGUAAUAAUUACUGUUUAGCUGAUCUGGUCGUUUGCUUGUCUAAAGCCACCUGCAGGACCUUUUAUGCUGAGGCCAGUUUUAAAAGGACAUCAUGAACCUGGUCUGGUUUAAUGUUUGCAUGAUUUCAUAUGUGCACAUAUAAGCAUACCAACAUACAUGAAUAUUUGUCAGAAAAAAAUCGCACCAGCGGAGUAUGGAGAGGCAGAGUAGAGUGUUGUGUGCACCUGAGUUGCUGUAUGAGAGGCUCCCUGUGUUCUUAACUCUCACACAAACACAUGCACCAGUGUGCCCUUUAUUGGUCUGACUCACAAAGAGCUCUGCUGUGCCGAUCCGAACAAGCACAUCAUUCACAGCUCCAAUUUACACGCACUGCUGGAAGUGAUGUAGCUUCUCGCAAGAUUCUGCCACAAUUAUCCGGUUACUUUGACCUGCUACUGCUAGACAUUUCAGAAUGACCUGGAUACCUGAAAAUGAUCACAACUCCAUUGGGAGCAGGUGUUUCAGCCUCAGAUUCUCUAGCCUCAGAUCCUUCACCCAUGGUUUAUGGAGCAUCAUUUCAGAGUUAAUGUUUGGGUUCACUUUUGUGUCUAGUUCCUCUUGAGGUUUCUUCCUCAUGUCACAUCAUGGAGUUUUUCCUUGACACUCUUUCCUGUGGCUUGAUCAUUAGGGAUCUACAUCUGGAUUUCUGUAAAUCUGUGCUAUAUAAGUGCUAUAUCAAUAAAAUUGAAUUGAAUUGAAUUGAAUCGUAUCUAUCAUAAACAUAGCUGGCAACAAUCUUCACGGUUACAGUCUCACCGGUUAUACACACCUCCAUGUAUACACACUUUUAUUUCACCCCAUUUUCUCCCAGUUUGGUCAUUUUGCCAGUUCUCACACACUGGCUAGCUUUGACACCACAGCUACCAAUCAGGGAAGGUGAGGAGAACAACAUGUUUUCUCUUAAACACGUGAAGUCAACCACUAGAUCUUUACAAAAUGCUGCUUAUGCUGCAUCACGUUUGGCGGAACUAGCUGCCGUCUUCUGCAUACGUGAGCUCACGGUUGUUUUGAGGAGAGACUAACACCGUCCUCUGACACAGAGAGUACUCUCUUGACAGAUUCAGAUUGACAAUCUCCCAAUGAUAAAAUGAACGCUUUCCUGUUGUGCCACUCAUGAGCCCCAAAAACUAAAUUUGAACACUGUGACACAGUGGUCUUUCAGCACCUGAUAUAGUCACUGGAUUAAAGAACUUCACAGCAUCCUGUCUUUUAAAGUCCAGACUUUUGUGUGGAGCACUCGGUGAGUAAACGAGACCCUUACCCUUGUGUGCAUAUUGGCAAGAAAACUUGUGGUUGGUUGUCUGGAGUGCCAGUUGGAUGGCCUUUUCUUGUGAAAGUAUGGAAAGUUCUUGGCCAUGUUUAGUGAUGCAAAUUACCAGACAUUCAAGUCACAGCUAAAAAAGUUUUUUUUAGAUGCUUCCCAUGGUAUGUAGGCACCUUUUUCAAUCAGUCAAACUUUUUUUUUUUUUGGCUGCUUGAUAUCCUCACUUUCUCUCCUAAGGCUCACCCAUGUUACACGGGCCCAUGAAGAUGAUAUUAUGAGCCACAUUUAGUACCAAAGCGCUAAAGUUUUACAGGCAGGGUGUAACUGUAAUCUAUAUCCAGUACAUUUCUUGAUAUUUCUGGCAGUUUUUUUCCUCUCUGCCCAGUAAACUAUAGAAAAUAAAAGGAGUUUAUAUGAUGCUUUAGGUGCUUAAUUGCUGCAUAAUCUAUUCUCCUAAACAAUUUACACAGCACUUGUGCAAAAGCUCUUUUUUUUUAUCAUGUUCCCUUGUAUUUUGGCUGAAGAUAGAUAAGUACCUCCUUGGAGCAUUCCCGAAUCAACCAUGCCAUCCAGGCUCGCCAAAGUGGAGGCAUUUGUUUUUAUACACUUGACUGUAUAUUUUGAACGUGUGUCGAGUUGUAUGUUAGUGUGGUGCUAGAAAAACCACAACUUUCACCUCAUCCAAGAUCCAAGAUUGCAGCAUGUCAGCCUCCCUCACUUUCCACAGUGCUUAUUUCAGCUACACAAUAGGGCCUUUGAGAAAGUUAAAUCACCCAGAAACAAAACUCAUCUGGGUGGAAUUUGUUAUCAUAGACAUAAAAGGAUGCUACAUGUAUGUGGUUGAUAAGUCGUUUUAAUGAUGCACUACAUUCUGAUAAUGUUUUGCGUGAGCUGCUGUAAUACUGGCUUGUAAAACAGAAGUUUAAAUACAUAUUACAUGAUGUUGGUUUAUUGCAGGUGUUCACAGAUUUGGGAAAACCCUUUGUUUUAAACAACUAUAAUGUAGCAGGAGUAGUUUCCCUUACAUUUACUAUGAGGUCUUGAGAAAAUUCCCACCUUUGAACAACUGUAAACAUUGAUAGUGUAUGGAAUUGAGGUGCUGUUUACAUACUAUAUAUGUCUGCAACACUUGUGUGGUAGUCUGGGAAAACCCAUCGGAUAUUGCUGUGGCUGAAUUCUGACAAACAGCCAAUUGGCCAGUGAUAUACAGUUGUAUGCAAAAGUUUGGGUACCCCUGGCUAAAUGACAUAUUUUCUUGAUUUUUGAAGUGAAAAGAAGUAAAAAUAUUCCUGCGUAGUUGCGUCAUAUUUGAUGAAAAAUAGGAAAAAAAGUAAUUGUGGCAUGUGCAAAAGCUUGGACAGUACUAAAUAACACCCCCUUUGGCAGAUAUCACAGCACUCUUCCUUGCAGAACGCUUCUAAUUCUGAAAUGUUCUUUGGCCAUUAAACUUGCACAGCACACUUAAGAUGUACCUACAUAUUUUCAAGUCAGGGGACUGUGAGGGCCAUUUCGAAAGCUUCAGUUUGCAUUUCUUAAAUAGUUCACGGUGGAUUUUGAGGUAUGUUUUAGAUCUCUUUUCAGCUUCUUGUUCUUGAUGGACUAUGUCACAUUUGCUGCCAGAAUUUGCUUAUAUUUUUACCUAGAAUCCAUUCUUCCAUCUACCUGUGCAAUGUUUCCUGUGCCACUGGCUGCCACACAGCCCUAAAGCAUAAUAGAUCCACGCCGUGCUGAGUAGUUGGAAUGUGUUCUUUUCAUCAAAUGCUGCUUCUUAUUUUUCUCCUAAAUAUACCUUUGGUGCCAAAGUGUUCCAUUUUUUGCUUCAUCAGUCCCCAGCAGUUUUUGCCCCUGGCUUAUCUAAAUAUUGUUUUGCAUACUAUAGAAUAUAGACUUUCCAUCUGAUGACUCUUCCAUGCAGAUCAUGUUUGUUCAAGCAGUGUUGCAGAGUAGAAUGGUAUACUACUACUCCUUUUGUCAACCUUCCUGCAGGUUUGUAAUAUCUGUAGUGUCUUUCUGGCCAGCAUACCUACAGUCCUAUCAGUCCUAUCUAAAAAUUUUUCUUGGCCUUCCAGAUCUUGCCUUAACUUCCACAGUUCUCCUUAGUUGCCAUUUUCUGAUGUCAUUUCAGAUAGUGAAAAUUGUGUGGUGAAAGUGCUUUGAUAUCAUUUUAUAGCCUUCCCCUGCAUUGUACGCAUCAAUUAGCUUCAUUUUCGGAUCCUCAGACAGCUGUUUAGAAGAGCCCACGGUUGUUAAAAGUUAGCAGGGUUUGGAGGUUUGAAGAGUCAGGGUAUUUGUUAUGCUUUGGAGUUGUUAUUCCUAAUGACAAUUCUUGACCGAGUUAAUAGGUCCUAAUGAAUUAAGGCCUAAUGACUUCAUUUAGUUCUGGGACCUUUCAACUGCAAGGGCAGCCAAACAUUUGCACAGACCACAAUAACAUUAUUUUUGUUGUAUUUUUUAUUUCAUCAAAUAUAAAGUAAUGUUAAAAUGUUUUUAAUAGUUUGCUGCAGAGAUUGUGUUUACUUCUUUUACUUAAAAUCAAGGGGUGUCCAAAUAUAGGGGUGUUUUAUCUACAACUGUAGUUUGACAUAAACUUUUUGAAACCACAGUGACAUAGAAAUGUUUUAACAAUGAUAACAAGGUGAUAUUUUCCUUAUUUUGGUGAUUUCCUUUUUAGGUUAGCUCUAUAUGGCUCAUGGAGACCUUCACCUGGUUUGGUUUUUAUACAGAGUUAUUCACCACUGUCAACAAUAUCUGGAUUUUACUUCAAUCUGCUUCUUUUAAGCUUGUAGUCAUUGAGGCUAACUGUAGGAAAGUAACAAUAGAUGGAGAGGAAAAUAACAUUAGUACAGGUCUUAAUGCUGCUGCUGUUGGUGUAUUUCUCUCUGAAACGUUCCACUUUCCUGUGGAGUUUUGAUGCAAAUGAUGCUCUUCAAAUGCUGCCUUCUCAGCUCAUAAAUUUUGGUGAGAUUUUCCACUACGUGGAAAGAAGCAGAAUUGCACAUAAAACUGGUUAAAGACUUAAUUACAGUAAGAGGUUGCUAGCUGAUGGGUCUGUCAGUUUCCUUACCUUCCAUCUGCAAUACUCAUUACUGGGGAUUUCUAGAGCAUGACCAGUGACUAGAAGCAUUAAAAUGCACAUAAACAAAAAUCCCAUCACAGAGAACUUUGGCUGGGUUGCAGUUAGUCACAUUAUGGCAUCAUUAUUUGACCGAAAACUCUGUGGCAUGUCACAUGCAUUAACUCAGUGUGGACUCAUCAUUGGUAGUUCAGAUUAGUGUUUUGUUGAUUGGACCCCUGGGGGCAGCUCGAUGAGGCUGAAGGACACCACGACCCAGAGCAUGUUGGUAUAAAAGGCCGACCAUUAGCUUGGUAUCUGGGUUUGAGCAAGGUAUGUGGAGCUGGAUCUGUAGAGCCAAGAAAUUUCAUUUGGUUAAUCCUGUUCCACAGAGAUUCCAUAGGUGAGCAUAGGUUAAAGAGGUCUAUAGGUAAGCCUUUUGAGCAAGGUAAGCUCCUCUUACAAGUGGAUAAUCUGUCUGUAUGUCUCUUUAUUUGUCACUUUAUUUGCUUCCUGAGAUUAACUCUUUUUGAUUUGCUUGUGCAUAGACAUCAAAGCUAUUUUCCGAAAGGAGGACAUUGCAGUCUUGACCUACUCUGAGACUUUAUCAUGGAUUAUAAGGAGUGGUUUCUAUUUCUAGUCAACUGAAAAGUAGGCUGAGCAAUAUUUAAAGACGCUAUACUUCAGACACUGCGAAAUUGUUCACAGCUUACAGAAAAGGCCCAUAUUAAUUGCUGGGACUAGAAAAAAAACAUUUAUGUAUGGUUUGUUGUUUCUACCUCACUAUUUUUUUUUUCAAGGAAGCCUGUGGUUAGACUAUUGACCACUGUCUUGAAAUUAGGUCGGUAUAGCCUGGUGUUGGUAAGCUGAUUCGAACAUUGAUCUUGCAGCACACAUGGAUGAAACUUGUCAGCAACCACUAAUGAAAUCAAAAUUGAAUUUGUUAAAAUGACAAGUGCUUUGUUUAAGUUUCAAGUUUCUGUACCUCAGAAAGUUUUGAUAUAUCCUCUAAUUUUUGUUAAUGCUCCAAAAUCAAAAACAUGCAAGACUGUCUGGCAUGAAAUUCCUAGCUGUCCUCAGUGAUGAAUACUUUUGCCUUUAGGGUUUAGUCUGACUUUUCUCCCUCUAUAGCAAAUAGUUUGUGAGAUGUUUAUGGGUGAAAGGAAAACAUACUCUAUUUGGUAGUGCUGCCUUUUUCUGGUAUUAUGGAACUAUAUUUGUUUCAGUAAAUUUCAGCUCUUGGGUUCUACUUUGGUCACCAUGGUACAUUUUAGGAACUUACUCAGACUAUAAGCUCUUCAAAAAUAAAUAGUUUAAUGAAUACUGACAGGCCUAGACUAACAGACUCUUGCUGGUAUAUAUCAUCUUUUUAGAUAUUGUAGAAAUGCCUGCUAUAUGCAAACCACUUUGAAUGUUGUACAUUCCCAGGCAUAACUCAUGUAGACAGCUUGAUUUGCUUUUUCUGGCAUCCUUCACCAUAUUUAGCAUCCAGUUGUGGGGUUCAGACUUUGUAUGUUUCACCAGUUCAAUUUUUUUUUCUCUUCUUUCCCUGUCUGUUCAAUCUUCCAAAAUUGGACUCUUGUCACUUGCCAUUCUUACACAUUUACCUUGACUUCACCUUUGCCCCAUUUUCAUCUUACUCUAAAUGCAUGCCCCUUCCUGUUUGGAGAUGGCAGACUGCACAGUAGCCCCUGUAGCAAUGGAGGACAGUGAGCAAUGGAAACCAAUCGAGGACUGUCACAGUGGUGUGCAGUCUGAUGACCAGGACUUCAUUCCAGCAUCUCCUAAAUCAAAGAAGCUUGAGGAAGAGCAGAACUCAAGCCACACCAUGGAAGAUUCAGAGGACUCUGAGCUGGAGAAUAUCAUGGGACAUCACUCUGUGAGAGGGGGCCACCUAUUUGCCCCUUGUGAGGCUGAAGGUCAUGAGAGUCCCCAAGCAGAGGGAACACCCACAUUUUUGAGGCUUCCUGCAUUAUGCAGAGCCCUGGGGGAAGUUGAGCCUGACCCCAAGUACAACAUUCAGGCUGGAUAUAUGGAUCUGCCACCUCCCUUCAACCCAUCACCCAUCAGCCCUUCCAGGCCCAAGAGUCCUUGGGGUCGUUUUGACCCUUAUGACUCCACUGAGGACCAGGAUAAAGAGUAUGUGGGCUUUGCCACCUUGCCAAAUCAAGUACACCGCAAAUCUGUGAAAAAGGGCUUCGACUUCACUCUAAUGGUAGCAGGGGAGUCUGGAUUGGGCAAGUCCACCCUGGUCAACAGCCUCUUCCUGACAGAUCUCUACAAAGACAGAAAACUUCUCAAUGCUGAAGAGCGGAUCACCCAGACAGUGGAAAUCACGAAGCACACAGUGGACAUUGAGGAGAAGGGCGUCAAACUCAAGCUCACCAUCGUGGACACACCAGGCUUUGGGGAUGCAGUUAACAACACUGAGUGCUGGAAGUCAGUAGCUGACUACAUUGACCAGCAGUUUGAGCAGUACUUCAGAGACGAGAGUGGCCUGAACCGCAAAAACAUUCAGGACAACCGCGUUCACUGCUGUCUUUACUUCAUUUCACCCUUUGGUCAUGGUCUCAGGCCUUUGGAUGUGGAGUUUAUGAAAGCCCUACAUGAAAAGGUCAACAUUGUGCCAGUCUUGGCCAAGGCAGACACUCUCACCCCCAGUGAGGUCAAGAAAAAGAAAAUUAAGAUUCGAGAGGAGAUCGAGCAAUACGGGAUCAAAAUCUACCAGUUUCCUGAUUGUGAUUCAGACGAGGAUGAGGAGUUCAAACAGCAAGACCAAGAACUGAAGGAGAGCAUCCCGUUUGCAGUGAUCGGCAGUAACACAGUCGUUGAGGCAAAAGGAAAGAGAGUGCGGGGUCGACUUUACCCCUGGGGCAUUGUAGAGGUGGAGAACUCUGCACACUGUGAUUUCAUAAAGCUGAGGAACAUGCUGGUGCGCACACACAUGCAGGACCUGAAGGACGUGACACGGGAAACUCACUAUGAGAACUACAGAGCUCAGUGCAUCCAAAGCAUGACACGCAUGGUGGUGAAAGAGCGCAACCGCAACAAACUCACUAGAGAGAGUGGCACGGACUUCCCCAUUCCCACGGCUCCCAAUGUAACGGACACAGAGACAGAAAAACUGAUCCGCGAGAAAGAUGAAGAGCUGCGGCGGAUGCAGGAGAUGCUGCAGAAGAUCCAAGAGCAGAUGCACACCCAGAAGGAAGCCUAUUAACCCCUGCAUGUGCCAUUUACCUUUGCCACGGUGCCACUUUACUGCCUGACCUUCAUGCCUGGGACCUUACCAUCUGAUCAGACCCCUUUCUGCUCAGUGAAGCUACAAAACUAGUGCACAAAGCAUGCUCCAUAUCUAGGUCCACUUUGUCUCCAUAUGUGUGAAUCUAGUGGCUUUGGAGUUCCACUAGGUGUCAUUAAGUGCUGCAGGAAAAAGAAAAAAAAACAAAAAAACAUGCCCUUGUCUGGAGUCCACUAGCAUCAAAGUUGACGCAGACAAAGAAUUUGACACAAAAACAAACGUGUUGUAGUUUGUGAAACAGUUUGGCCUGCUUAUAGAGAACAGAAGAACAAAAUUUCUCGCUUUAGAAGAUUGCAAAAGAAAAAAAACGCUCCUUUUUGUGCAGUGUAGUAAAAUAACAAAGUCCAAAUGUCGUUGCUGUUACAGACACAAUAGUAACUGAACUAAAGAACCAGAUGAAACAAACGAACGUGUUAUUGUCUGGGAAUUUCAUAUAGUUUAUAAAACAUUUGUGCUCUCUUUACGUGCAAGCAAGCUUUUUUUUUUUUUUGGACAUCUUUUGAUGUCACUGUUCCAUUUCACUCUCAGAAAUAAACAUACCAAACUAUACUUUUCCUCUUUUCCUUGUUACUGGGUUGGUACCAUCGAAGGGACAUCUUUCGUUCCUAUAGUAUGUAUAUUUUGUCUGGAAAGGUGCAUGUGGAACAUUUUUAAUUAGCGUUUAGUGUGAAGGUACAUCACUGGUCCCUUAAGGUCCAAUGUAUCCUUAAAUUAUUUUAAAAUAUAAUCGUCGUAUUUCAAGGUGAAUGAUAUAUACUACAGGUACAGAUCUACCCUUGACGUUACCACCCCAGCAAAAUGGAAGAGUACAGUUUGGUACCUUUAUUUCCAAAAGAUAGACAAGAAAUAAAUUUGCUUGCACUCUAUUUGAGCCAAAAAUAUUGUACAUAUAAUUUUGUAAAACCUUUUGAAAUUCAUAUAGAACAACAAACUCAGCUGUUGCAUCAGUGUUUUUUUUUUUUUUUUUUUUUUUUUUUUUUUAAAGUUCAGUUACUGUUUUCUCUGUAACAGCAAAUACAUUUGAAUUUUGUUUUAAUAAAACAAAUCUGAGGAUAAUUUUUUUUUCCUGAGGGGCUAUAUUGGUGGGAGCGAAAGCUACAAGUGGCACCCUUUAAGUAACUUCGUUUAUACGCCAUUAUGCAUAUAUAAUUCUCUGGUUUAGCUCUUUAUCAUAGGAUAAAAACAACAAAUUAUUUAAAUGUUUUUUUUUCUACAUCGUGGUAUUUUAUUUGUACUAUUUUGUUAAAUGAAUGCAUUCGUCGUACUGUAUGUACAUGCUUUUGUUUGUAUGGCUACAAAAGAAACAAACGGUUUCUUUACAUAGGUCAACACUGUUUUAUUUUCUUAUGAGAGUAAUAAUAAUAAGUGAAGUACUGUAGAACAAUAUUUUUCUUAACAAAGCUGACAUAUUAUUGAUUUCUUUUUUUUUUUUUUUUUUUGGAAAAGAUGUUCCAAAAAUUUUUGCAUCAUUCCAUAAGUGCAGACUUUUAACUAACAAGUCAAAAGAGAAGACGCUUAGUGAUGUGCGUACAGAAGAAGCUAUCAAUAUAUAAAAUUGUCUUUAUCUUAAUGGUGUAAUAACAGAUGAAAUGAAGUUGCAAUACUUAUAUUUUUUUGUCGCUAAACAUUAUAUUUAACAAGACCGUGAUCAUGAAAAUGCCAACACCACAAAGUCUUUCAAUACAUACAAUACAACGAAAAACAAUAAUGAAUUUUUGAGUGAAAUUACAUAUAUACAAUGUGAUGUUUUCCAAGUUCGUAAAACAUAAAAUAAGCCUAAUGCGAAUAAACUAAAGAUAAAUACAGGGGCUGUUUUUUUUUUUUCUUAGGUCACCUUUUAAUUUCAAAUCAGCUUUACAAAGUUAGCCAAUAAGAAUUCAUUUCUAAUUUGGAUGAAAUAAUAAUAAUAAAAAUAAAAAAAAAACUGCUAUUAAAUGCUCUGACGUUACUGUCCAUUCUGGAAAUGAAUCACUUACUGGAAGUUGAAACUUCAGCCAUAUUUUAAUUAUAAAUAAAAACAUUUAGCCAGAAAUUAAUUAUAAAUAAAUAAAUAAUUCAGCCCUUGAAAAUGAUAACAAUGUUAAAAACAUAUCUAUUGGUACAUAUCAACUUCUUUAGAUACUGCCAUUUUUUUAAAUUAAGAAAUCCACUGUGAGAAACAUCAUAUAUUUACGAAAACAUUUAAUGGCCUUUUCUCAUGAUACUGCAAUUGUACCUUUAAUUUGAAAGAUUACAAACCCACUGUAUUUUUUUAAAUACUUGCUAUUUUUUUCCCUCAUUACUUUUGGAUAUUUUAAUAGGGUGUCUGAAUAUAUCAUGGGUUAUAUUCACCCAAGCCUUUACAUUUGUUAUAAAAUCUAGAGUGUUUAAAAAAUCUAGUUUAUAUGUAGUUACUCACCGUUUUUAGGUUGAGGCUCAUGAGUAGAGUCAGAACGGACAUUUUGUCUGAAGCUAUAUUAAGUUAAUUAUUUUGAUUUUGCCCCCAUGGUUUUUGUUACAUCUUCAUACUGUUUUGAGCAUUUUUUUUUAGGCCUCAGCAGUUGCUCUGGUGUUAUAAAGGGAACAAUAAUAUGUGGUUUUGGAUUCAGGUCUUUCUUUCUUUUUUUAUAUAUAUAUAUGUAUGAACAUCUUUCCUUAGGUUUCAUAAAUGCAUUAAAGAUAUUGUAUAAGGGUUAUUUGUGAAGACAAAAAUGACUAGAGCAUAUUCUUUAAAGUAAUAAAAAAAAAUCUCAUCUCA